AUGGCAUCAACUGGCCACCAAUCACCCAUAGAGGACCGCUUCAGCCGAUCCACCUCGCCAACAAAUACCCUCGAUGUCGAGAAGACUGCUGCUCCCGAUUCGAUCAAGCCUCACAAUCAUGUCGCACACAAGGUGGCCGGCACCGAGACACCACCGCAGCAGACCAUGUUUGGUGAGAAGCGAGAACAGUACCGUAGCGAGGAGGACUACAUGUGGGAGCAGCAGAAGAGGUCCCAAGGUGACCACAAGUUCCACCGUCUCGGAUGGAAGAAGCUUACCGUCUGCUUGAUUGUCGAAGCCAUCGCCCUUGGUGCUCUUUCGAUUCCAUCUGCAUUCGCAACCCUUGGAAUGGUCGCUGGUGUCAUCGUGUGCAUCGGUAUCGGUAUCAUUGCCAUCUACACAAGUUACAUUGUCGGCCAGGUCAAGAUCAAAUUUCCUCAAGUCUCGCACUACGCCGAUGCUGGUCAGCUUAUGAUGGGUCGUUUCGGUUACGAGUUGAUUGGUGCCAUGUUCGCACUUCAGUUGACAUUGCUCGUCGGUUCUCACUGCUUGACUGGUACGAUCGCUUUUCUCAAUCUCAGUAACGAUGCCGUCUGCUCGCUUGUCUUUGGUGUCAUCUCGGCCGUCAUUCUCUUCAUCGUCGCCGUGCCACCUACCUUCUCCGAGGUUGCCGUCUUGGGUUACAUCGACUUUGCCUCGAUCAUCAUUGCCAUUGGUGUCACCAUCAUCGGCACUGGUAUCAGGUCCAACCAGGCUUCUCUUACCACCAACCCCGUCCAAUGGUCCGCUUGGCCUAAGGAGGGCACCACCUUCGCCGACGCUUGGAUCGCCCUUACCAAUAUCGUCUUUGCCUACUCAUUCGCAGUCUGCCAGUUCUCCUUCAUGGAUGAGAUGCACACCCCCACCGACUACGUCAACAGUAUCUGGGCUCUCGGUAUCAUCGAGAUUAUCAUCUACACUCUCACCGGUGCCCUCAUCUACGCCUUUGUUGGUACUGAUGUCCGCUCACCAGCUCUUCUCUCCGCCGGUACCACUCUCUCCAAGGUCGCCUUCGGUAUUGCUCUUCCUGUCAUCUUUAUCUCGGGAUCCAUCAACACCACCGUCGUUGCACGAUACAUCCACGGUCGUGUCUUCAAGAACUCAGUCAUCCGCUAUGUCAACACUCCCAUGGGUUGGGCGACAUGGUUGGGCCUCGUUGCUAUCAUUACCGUGAUCGCAUGGGUGAUCGCUGAGGCCAUUCCUUUCUUUUCCGAUCUGCUCGGUAUUAUGUCGGCCUUGUUCAUCUCUGGCUUCACUUUCUACUUUCCUGCGAUGAUGUGGUUCCUGCUCAUCAAAGAGGGCAAGUGGAACGCAACUCGCAAGAACAUCAUUCUGAGUGUCAUCAACGGUGCUGUCUUCCUUCUCGGGCUCUUGAUUCUGGUAUCAGGCACCUAUGCUUCGGUUAAAGACAUCAUGGAUCAGUACGACAAGGGUUCGGUGCGAAGCUCGUUCACUUGCGAACCCAUUGGAUAA